GACCUCCCGUCGACAACCUCCGCCCAUCUAACCGCAGCUAUGGCCCCUCGCGUUUCCUCCAAGACCUACAAGGUCCCCCGUCGCCCCUUCGAGUCGGCCCGUCUUGAUGCUGAACUCAAGACUGUCGGCGAGUUCGGUCUGCGCAACAAGCGCGAGGUGUGGCGUGUCCAGCUCACCCUCUCCAAGAUCCGUCGUGCUGCUCGUGAGCUCCUUACUCUCGACGAGAAGGACCCCAAGCGUCUCUUCGAAGGCAAUGCCCUCAUUCGCCGUCUUGUCCGCAUCGGUGUGCUCGACGAGUCCCGCAUGAAGCUCGAUUACGUCCUGGCCCUCAAGGCUGACGAUUUCCUCGAGCGCCGUCUCCAGACCUGCGUCUACAAGCUUGGCCUCGCCAAGUCCAUCCACCACGCCCGUGUCCUGAUCAAGCAGCGUCACAUCCGCGUCGGCAAGCAGAUCGUCAACGUUCCCUCGUUCAUGGUCCGCCUCGACUCCCAGAAGCACAUCGACUUCUCUCUCACCUCGCCCUUCGGUGGUGGCCGUCCCGGCCGCGUUCGCCGCAAGAAGGCCGCUGCCGCCGCCGGUGGUGAGGACCUCGAGGAAGAGGAGGAGGAAUAAAUUAUUCCCAAUAUUCCCCAAAAAAUGGAGUACGGUCGGGUUUCGCUUGGGGCGCCUUCAUACCAUGGAGGUUCAAAAUGACUGCAUAGCGUCUCAUGUUCUACGAUCAUGCAAUACAAUGAAUCUAAAACAGCCGAAAAGGCUUCAAUUUGGAACCCGAUUU